AUGCCCCCAGAGAAGGCAAGUCAGAUAUUUUAUGGGCUCCAAGAAACCCCGUGGAACCAUGACUUCAAGAGAAUCAAGAAUAUCAAGUCACGCCUGUCGUGGAUCAACGAGAGGUACUCAGACGGCGGAGUUGUGCCUUCAGAUCUAAUCGAAAACUUCACCGUCAGGGUAGAUUAUGACUAUAUUCUGGAACUGGACGAGUGCGAUAACAUUAUCGGUGGUGAGUGGUUGUACGAAUCGAACAAUAACCAUCCAGACUUCCUUUGGGUAGUGCAGGGAAAGACACCGUCUGACACCGUCAGUAGUGUUGGUUUGAGCUACCCUGAAGCUGUGAUGCUGCUUGAGAAGUCGGUCGAGUGCUGUGGAUCAACUCUGGUAGUGGAGUUCAACACGAAUAAGACUACGCUGAUGUCUUCCAUAGUGGUCUUACCUAUGGAGACUGUUAUCCAAACGAAACAAAAAUAA